AUUUUUUACAAUCAUUUCUUCAUUUAGUUGCUAAAAGAAUUGAAAUAUAUACAAUUUGCAGCAAAAUGCCAUUUUACUUGUUUUAAAAGAAUGAUUGUUCAUAACUACGAAAUAUAAAAUAGCGCGCAGUCUCAUUUAAAUACAUUAUGUCGAAUAAUUUUAUGUAUGCUUCUGUCGCUAAGACAACGCUAUUCGUAAACUAACUCAUACGUGUACUGAAAUCAUAAAGGUACUUUGUAAUUGAAAGUCAAGUGAAAAUAAGGGAACAAAAUGUCAUUAUAUGCAACACCAAUACUUUAUUUAAACAUGGGCGGUGAAAUGUUAUAUGUUUUGCAACAGAGAUUAAAGGCACAAAGAAUAAGUGCUGAUAAAACUGUACAAGUGUUAGAUGAUGUAACUGCUGCUUUACUUAAUCCUAAGAUACUCUCUUCUGUAUUUGAAGAGAAACCUCUCACUAAAAUAUCUCUUUUACGGUCUACUUUAGAAUGUGUUGUAUUAUCAUCGAUAAUGAAACUUGAUAAAAGUAGUAUGAAUAAACUGUUUGAUUUAAUGAUUAUGAUGGUCAAAUAUCAGUUAAUUGCAGCUACAGGUCCUGUAGAAGUUGUAUUGUUAACAUUGAAUCAUACAGAUGCAAUGCGCGAUAUGGUUACAAAUCCAAAUGCUCAACAAUGUGUUGGAUUGGUGCAUCAAAUGGUAAUCGAUUUUUAUGGCACAUUAACGUUUGAAGAAGUUUGGAAUGCCAGAAACGAUUGUUUGAAAGAAUUGGAGUAUUAUUGCGUAAAGGUAUCUAUUCUUCUCAGACUUGGAUUACAAAAUGAUGAUGGUAGUUUUAAUUUAACGUAUUAUAAGUACAAUGAAAAAUAUGAAGAAAACAAAACUCGCCUUUCUGAUACAAAAUUAUGCGACAUAGAUGUGAAAACCUACUGUGGUGGUUCUUUUAAUCUUUUUGGUGAACGAGAAACAAUACUGGGCAAAAAUAUGUAUUCAAUGUCAUACGACAUGUCAAAACAAACUUCUGAACAAGAAAGUCAUAAUUACAUUAAAGAUUGUGGUAUAAAAGCAGAGCUUGGUAUGUUAGCUGUUCAGUUGGGAACUGAAGAAACUUCGUACAAACGACCUUUUACUUUGAAUUUGUUUUCAAAUGAAGAUAAUAAUAAUGCAAAUGAUGAAGAAGACGAUUCUAAUUUUAAAGAAGAUAAUGAAAAUGAUACAGUAGUUAAUUCUGAAAAAACAAAAUUUAAUGAAGAUUAUAAAAUGAAACUUGAUGUCGUACGCGCAGAUCUUUUUGAUGAUCAUGAAACUAUAAAACAUAACAUGAAUUUAUUAGAACUUUUAGAUAAAACAGAAUAAUUUUAUUUAAUUUUUACUUUUUCAAUUAUGUUGUGAUAAUUAAUAUAAU